AUGGCCUAUUUAGUCGUUUGUGUUAGAUUUUUGCCAAUUAUGGCCCAAUCUGGACCAUACAUCCAACCUCCACACAACCGCCCUCACCACCACUCUUCCACCGUCACUGCUGCCGCCGCCGCCACCAUCGACCUAGUCGAAUUCAACCCGACCCACCUCCCCUCAAUCCGCUCCACAAUCGCUCAAGCCUACACAGACUACGGAGCCUUCCACGACACCAACCACGGCGUUCCCACCAAGCUCCUCCGCCAAAUCAAAACCACAGGCCUCACCUUCUUCAACCAAUCCUCCAUCGACGACAAGCUCACCUACUCCUGCGACCCUCACUCCUUCGCUUCCCAAGGCUAUGGCUCCCGAAUGCUCCUCAGUGAUGAAAACGACACUGUUGUUUUGGACUGGCGAGACUACUUCGACCACCACACUCUCCCUCUCUCUCGUCGAGACCCAUCUCGCUGGCCCCACUUCCCUGAAAACUACAGAGAAACUGUGGUGAGCUACAGCAAUGAAAUGAAGGGUUUGGCUCAGAAGCUCAUGGGUUUGAUCUCUGAGAGCCUUGGGCUUAGAGGGUUGUACAUAGAAGACGCUGUGGGUGAGGGUUGUUCAGGACCAAAACAGGAAACGUUUUUCAGGAUAGGAACUAAAAGCAGUAAAAAUGAAAUGUAG